CGCACCGUGGACUCCGCUCCUCACAUUGUCGUCGCGGAACCCUCCACGUCUUUCCUUCUUCCAACACUCGAACACCCGCCCUUAUCAAAACAUUCCUGCAGUGGGAUCGAUCCGCACGUCUCCUCGCGCUCUGAUAACGAACUUAGGUCCGUGGUAACUUUGUGACUCCAGUGUAUGGUACAGUGCAGUGAAUGACAUGUGAUUUGCGCUCACCCGGUCACUUUUUGUUGGAGCCAUUUGUCCCGUCAAAAUAUACAAUAUCUUAGAAAAUUGAGCGUCGCAUCACCAGCGCCUCCGCUGUAGGAUCCACUCCAUGUGCACUGGUAUGAGAGCAGACGGCGCGUGCGGUGUGGUGCGAUGGAUGCGUAACCGGUCAUCAUGCGCCUCUUCCGCGGGCCGAAGCGCAGGGAAGUGACCGCGCCGCUAGCCGUCGCAACGCCGUCUCUAGGGAGAGACGCCGCCGCCGCUACCGGCGCAACGCAUGCUCCACAAGACUUCACGGUAGUCACUGCUCUCCCAGCAAUGGUCAUGGAGGACGAUGUCAGGGAGAUGAAAAAAGUGUUUGCAACGUGGGGUCGUCGAAUGGGCAAAAAAUUAGAUAUGCUAAAAAAGCCAGAUCCAAAAGUUACAGAAGAAAUACCGUCUGCUAAAAACAUCAGUGAAGAUUCUUCAGCAGUAGUCACAGGACAGUAUAAGAAAAAACAACACUGGAAAAUGGGGCGCAGCAGUUCCGAUUCUACGUCACUGAAAAAGGACAAUGACACGGAUUCUAUUAAAAGCAAUUCCAGAGACAGAUCGCCGAGUCCCUUCAAGUCAUUUUUCCAUAGGAUGGGUUCAACGGGAAUGUUAAAUUCAUCAAAAUCACAGUCUCUAAAUGCUCACAGAACUAAUGAAAAUUAUCCAGUAGCAAAUGGACCUUCUCUUUAUAGAAGCUGUUCUACAUCACAUUUAUCAACUUACGUAAAAGCUGAUGACCCAUCGGAUGAUAUUGAUUUACAAAAUGCUGUGAAUGAAAAUAAAAAGUCGCCAUCAAAACUCAAUGUAAUGGCAGAUGAAACACUAGUAUCGUCUUCAACUAAGGCCGUUAGUUGUGACAAUAUUCCAAAUUUAGAAGGACAGACUAAUAAUAGUGCAAAUAAAAAGCCUAAUUUCCCCUAUGCUUUCUUAAGAUCCAAGUUAUCGGUAUUACCAGAAGAAAACAAUAUGGGAUCGCAACAAAGAACCAGCUGUAUGAGACAAAGCUUCUCGGAAAGAAUAGACCGAAAAUCACCAAAGUUACGAAGAGAACGAAUAUAUCUCAAUAACUCUCGGUCGGAAGAACGAUACCAAAGUAACGACAGUAUAUCUAUUCAUGAAAACAAUAUGCUUCUUAAUACAGCUCUAAGAAAUGACUAUGAUUUUUCAAGAAGCUCAAUGAGAAGCAUUAAUGAAAUUGAUGGCAAUAUGUAUAUACGACGUAUUGAUGAUAUACCACGAAGAUCGUCUAUGAUUUCUCAACGAACACCUUUUGAUUACGAUCCUAUGUUAAUACCUAGAAACAGAAACAGUUUACCAGUAUAUGAAUAUAGCUCCGUUGUUGGAUCCGUGAGAGAUUUAAAAACAGAAUUAGCCUCUUCUACACAUAGCAUACAUCAUAUUCCUGAAACUGCUGAAGUUUUACAAGCUCAUCGUUUGAGCAAUUAUGUUAGUUCAAAUGAAUCUGGCUAUGAUAGCGAUGGUCGUCCCACAGAUGAACAUAGUAAUCAUUCUCCACCAGGUUAUUCGUGUCACUUAUCUUCUGGUUCUAUUAAAACGGAAGUUAAUGAUAUGCAAAAUGAAAACUUUCAUAGCAAUUUUUCAAGACAACUAAGUCUGAACCACAAAAUCAACGUGAGCAGAGUUCAGAUACCAGCUCGAAGGAGUUCAACACCAUGUGCCUUAUUUCCUAUCGAAAAAGGAACGGCUCAAGAAUAUGAGAAUACAAGUAGAGAAAAUAAAUAUUCCAAUAUUUCUAUAAAUUCACAAAUAUUUGACCAUAAUGAUGGUAAACCUCCGCCACUUCCAAAGAAAACGAUUAAUAAAAAAAAUCCAUACAUUUACAAAACCAUUACUUUAGAUGAACGAGUACAAACAAGGAAAAUAAAACUUUUACAUUCACAGAUACUUAAUGUACAACAUUCAUCAAAUCCAAAUCUUAACAAGGAAUCCUUAUUAGAAAGUAAAACACAAAUGCAUCAAAAUACUGAAAUAGAUAUAUUCGGUCGUGGACCAUGCACAAAGAGAUUUAGAAAAAUAAGAUUACUAAAAGCCAGAUUGGAUGAGAGUUUAGGUGUGUAUUUGGCUCAGCAUAGAGUGGAUUUUGAUAAUACAGGAUCUAAUAGUGAAAUUCGAUACAUUGUAGUUAAACUAGAUUUCGAUGGAAUAGCUCAUAGAGAUGGCAGAUUAAGAAUUGGCGAUGAAAUAGUAAAUGUCAAUGGCAGAAUAUUGAGGGGUUUAGCAUCCUUAAAAGAGGUACAACAUAUCGUUAACUCUUGUUCCACUGAAGCUACAGUUGAAGAUGGAGGGCUAUUUCAACGUUAUCAAGUUGACUUAGUAAUGGCGCAUGAUGAAAUCACUCCUAUUACUUUAAGUCGAAUAAUAAAUAGUCAAACCUGUGAACUGAAUCAAGUUAUACCUCCGACCGCUAACGUUCCUCCAGAUAUUAUUUCCCAAACUGUUCAUAAACCCUCAUCUUCAAAUCAAAUUAUCAUCGAAACUCACUUUCCUAGUGACAAUCAAAAGUAUAAUACGAAUAGUAUUCGUUUACUACGAGAACAGCAAACGAGUCUUAACAGAACUGAAUCAUUUAGUAAUAGUGAUUUUGAGAUUCCAGUAAAUAGUGAUCUGUUACGAUCCAAUCCAAAAAGCGACGACGAAAAGUUAUUAGAGAGACACUCAUAUAAUCAUUCAUCUGCGUCUUUGCAAAAUAUUACAAAUAUUGAAAUUUCAUCGCGUCCUAUAAUAGGAUCUAGAAAUCCACACGGUAAUAAUAAUUAUAGACCUAUAUCACUUCACAAUUCCAGACCUCAAACAGUGGCAAUUUCGCAAUUUUCAAAUGAUAACGCAACUAAUGAAAUUAAAGAAAAUUCUCCACACUAUAUCAAACAUGUUCCAAGGUUAUACCAAAAUCGCUCAUUUGAGAGUAUUCCUGAACAAGUAAGAAAUAGCAGUAGAAGUAGAUUUUUUAGUCGAGUUGGUUCCCAGAGGUGCUCACCAAAUCACAACUCGCAUGUAUCACGACAGCAGGAAUAUGGUACACAAAAUAGUGAAAAUCAGUAUGGUGGUCACUAUUCACACAAUCAACUAAGUAAAGCCGAAUUUUGGAAAGGACCUGGCCAUAAAAGUCUUGGAUUCAGUAUUGUCGGAGGAACAGAUUCACCAAAAGGAAAAAUGGGAAUAUUCGUGAAGACCGUCUUUCCAAAUGGUCAAGCAGCAGACAAGGGUACUAUUUUUGAAGGUGAUGAGAUCUUGUCAGUGAACAAUGUGCCAACACGUGGAUUGAGCCAUGCGGGGGCCAUAUCGCUUUUCAAACAAGUUAAAGAAGGAAAAAUUGAAUUGACGCUUUCAAGAAGAAGAGCACCUAGGUCAAGAUCUGUAGAACCUCUAGGUAAUUCCCGUGGUGAACUCAAAAGAGAAUAAAUGAGCCCUGACCUCCAAAGA